AUGAAAAUAAAUAGAAGGCAUUUAUUAUUUUUGAAGGAAGAUGAUUUCAUUAUUUUAAAAAGCAAUGAAGCUACAAAAUGCUCGAAAAUAAAUUUACAUAAAUAUGAAGCUUUGAAAAGUAUGACAGUAUAAUGAGGUAGGUAAUCUAAAUAAUUUGGUGGGAAUUCCUUAUUUGAAGGAAAUAAAAGUUUAAGAGUUGCCAAAAAUGAUAGUUAAAGCAACUAAGAUUAUUAGCAUUAAAUAAAACAACUUGAAGAAGUUUACAAAAAUGUUAAAGAGUUCUUUAUCAGUAAAUACAUGAUUCAGAUGUAUAAUUCGCAAUAGCAAAAAAAUCUAAUGGGGUUAAUAAAUGAAAUUAAAAAAGAAGUAAGUUAUAAUAAAAAAAAUAAAAAAAAGGUGAAAAAACCUAAAUAAUUUUUAGAACUACACUCCAGAGGAGGUAUUAGACUUGGAAAUAAUUGAUUACUAUCAAAUUGCUUUUGAAGUGUGGAAUAAUUUGAUUCUUUUAUAAAAGUAAAUCAUUUAAGAAUUAGAUGGACUAUACAAAAAACUUUAAACAAUAUUUGAAACUGAUGCUAUUCUACCAAAUUAAAAAACAUUUUAAUUUAAAAGGAAAGAAUAAUCUAUGUUGUUUUUGAUGCAUUAAAAUUAUUCAAUCUAACAGAUUAUGACCUUUAUUGCGAGUUUAUCUAUUAUUACAUUUGAAAUAACUCGAAUACACGAAAAUUAGAAAAAUCUAUGGAUAUUGAUCGUUUUCUGCAUGAUUUAUUAGAGUAAUCAAAUGGCAAGAACAAUGUGUAAAAAUUUAAUGACUAAGUUUAAUAAAAGUAGCUAGGAUUUUUCAAAAAAAUGAAAAAAAAGAAAAACAAUAACUAAAUGAAUUUUUAAUGAUGAUGAUUAAUAUGGGGCUUAUAAAAAAGAUAUUAAAAGCUUUUCACUUGUCUUACAACAAGUAUAAAAGUUCUUUAUCGCCGCUGAUUUAUAUCAAGUCUUAAAGUGUUAGUUGAAUUUAAAGAUUUUGAAUACUAUGAUAGAAAUGUUAUCAAAAGAAAAUAAUAAACUGUUUAAAGUUUCUGUCAAAUGUAUAUGAAAAUAUUUAGAGAAUUAUAACAAAUUUGGGAAUUUAUCACCUUUUGAAAAAAAAAAUUAGAUACUUUUUAAGUGAUUAUUAAUUAAAUUACUCAUUUGAUCAAGACCAUUAAAGAACACGAUAUUAAUUCUGUUAAUUAUUCGACUAAUAUCUAUACGGAAACAUGAUAAUAAUUCUUUUAUAAAAUAUCAUAAGAGGAUAUGGUUUAAUUUUUGAAAUUCUUAAUUCAUCUCACUAAGACAGAUAAUCAUUUUAUAAUAAGUGGAUCUAAUGCAUUAAAUAUAUUGAUUGA